UAAAUUUGAUGCACAAGUUUAAGGUUAUGUUUUCGGUUUCAUGGGUUUAAAAGUGUGAAGCAUUUUUUUAAAUUGUUUUAAUAUGAGUUUAUAUAAAUUAAUUACUAGAUCUACUGGAAAAGCAUUCGGGCAAAAUAUUUUGCUCACACAUGAUACUACAGAAUUUAUUCAUCAUUCUGUACAAAGAACAAUUUAUAAUUCUAAUAAGGUUCUGUGUGAAAAUAAAGGCAAACCCGAGGAAUCUCCUUUGAAAAAACUAUUAGAUGAUUCAGCAUCAUUUGAGGACUUGAAAAUAAAAAACGAAGAACAACGAUGGGCCACUUUACCAUAUCCACAAGAAGCGAAGAUUCGGAAACAAGGCGAAUAUUUCGCAGAGAAACCGAAACAAGAUCCACGGGAAACAUCAAUAAUUUUAUUUCCUGGACAAGGUAGUCAGUUUGUUGGUAUGACUAAGGAGUUAAUGAAAUUUCCAAUGGCUCGAGACUUAUUUGAAUUGGCCAAUUAUAUUCUUAAGUAUGAUUUACUGAAGUUGUGCCAAGAAGGUCCUAAGGAAAAAUUGGAUCAAACUCAAUAUUGUCAACCAGCAAUAAUGGUUAGUUCUUUAGCAGCUAUUGAAAGACUAAAAGAAGAAAGGCCUAAUGCUAUACUUAACUGUACGGGAACUGCAGGGUUUAGUUUAGGGGAAAUUACAGCACUAGUUUUUGCAGGAGCUAUUGGUUUUGAACGAGGUCUACAGCUUGUUAAAAUACGAGGAGAGGCAAUGCAGUUAGCUAGUGAAGCUUAUCAAGGAGGGAUGGUUACAGUAAUAUAUGGUCCUGAUUCUAAAUUAAAUCAAGCAUUAUUGAAAGCCAAAGAAUGGGCCGUAGAUAAAGGUGAUUUAUUUCCAGAGUGUCGAAUAGCCAAUUAUUUAUAUCCACACUGUAAAGUUGUAGCUGGGAGUAUAUCAGCUCUUGAUUAUCUGGAAAAAAAUGCCAAAGAAUACAAUCUUCGAAGAGUCAAGAAAUUACCUGUCAGUGGAGGUUUUCAUUCUGAUUUAAUGUUACCAGCAGUGGAACCGUUUAGAAAAGCUUUAAAUAAGACAGAAAUACAAGAUCCAGUAAUAAGUGUAUAUUCAAAUGUAGAUGGUAAAAGAUACAAAAACGCAGCGCACAUAAAAAAACAGUUGCCCAAACAGAUUGUUAAACCAGUAAAAUGGGAACAAACUCUUCAUGUGAUAUAUGAAAGGACCCAAGAUGAAUAUUUUCCUCGUACCUUUGAGUGUGGUCCAGGGUCAUCACUAACAACCAUACUAAAACAAGUUAAUACAAAAGCGUGGAGUUCAUGUUUACAUAUAGGGGUUUAAGUUUUUAUUGUAAGUAAUAAAUAUUUUGAUUUCAUG